AUGUCUUAUAUGCUGCAGCAUCUUCAUUCAGGAUGGCAGGUGGAUCAAGCCAUCCUUACAGAAGAAGAACGCCUUGUGUGCAUUCGCUUCGGACAUGACUUUGACCCCGAGUGCAUGAAGAUGGACGAGCUGCUUUUCAAGGUUGCAGAAGACGUUAAAAAUUUCUGCGUUAUUUAUGUUGUGGAUACUACCGAGGUGCCCGACUUCACAACUAUGUAUGAAUUGUACGAUCCUGUAACAGUGAUGUUUUUCUAUAGAAACAAACACAUGAUGAUAGACUUAGGAACGGGUAACAACAACAAAAUUAACUGGGCAAUGAACAAUAAACAAGAAUUAAUAGACAUCAUCGAGUGCAUCUACAGGGGCGCCAGGAAAGGACGCGGUCUCGUCAUUUCGCCGAAAGAUUAUUCUACGAAAUACCGCUACUAA